AUGGGCAAAACAACAUUAUUAUUGGGAGGAUUUUUCCUCAUUUUAUUCCUCAUUAUUAUCAUCAGAACAUUGACAUUUGGAGAUAAGCCUCCUGGAGUAAUUGACUGUGAUCCAAAAGACACAGAUUUCAUCAAGGCAGAAGGGGAUGUCUUAGAAAAUUUCAGAAAAGCGUUACAAUUUGAAACAAUUGCCAGAAAAGAACAUGAUUUCAACAGAGAACCUAUGCUGCAGUAUGUUGAAUUUAUCAAAUCUUCAUAUCCUGCCAUUCAUGGUUCACCUCUGGUUACCAUGGAAACAGUUGCCAACUACAGUCUCUUAUACCGGAUAGAAGGCUCUCAGAGUGCACUUACGCCAUAUCUACUGAUGGCACAUUUAGAUGUUGUGCCCAUAUCACAUGAAACAUGGGAAGCUCCACCAUUUGCAGCUGAUAUUAUUAAUGGGUUUAUCUAUGGAAGAGGUACAAUUGAUGACAAACAUAUGGUAAUGGGUAUACUUGAAGCUCUGGAAUAUCUACUCAAGAAAGGACAUAGACCGAAGAGAUCUUUCUACAUAGCAUUUGGUCAUGAUGAGGAGGUUAAUGGAAUAGAAGGGGCACAGAGCAUAGGACACAUUCUUGAAUCCAGAGGUCUUCAGUUUGAAUAUAUUGUGGAUGAAGGCCUCACUGUAGUAGAUGGAGUCAUAAAUGGAAUGGAGGGACCUGUGGCAUUGAUAGGAACUUCUGAGAAGGGGUAUCUAACUCUAGAACUGAGUGUUCAGACCCAAGGGGGGCACUCCUCUAUGCCUGGUAAAGAGUCCUCUAUUGGCAUACUGGCCAAUGCCAUCGCACGAUUAGAAAACAGCCCUCAACCGAGUAUGUUUGGAACAGGGCCUGAGAGAGGGCUGUUUGAACAACUAGCCCCACAUAUGAAACUGGGCUUCAAGACACUCAUGAGCAACUUGUGGCUCUUUUCCCCAUUGGUUACCAUGGUGUUGUCAUGGAAACCUAGCUCUAAUGCUAUGGUACGAACUACUACAGCAGUGACUGAAUUUCAUGCAGGCAUCAAGAGUAAUGUACUUGCACCCAAGGCAACAGCAACAGUGAACCACAGAGUCCACCCAGGGCAGACCCUACAACAGGUUAUAGAGCAUGAUAGAUAUGUUAUCAAUGACCCAAGAGUUGAGAUCCGAACUGUAAAGUCAGUUGAGGCACAUCCUGUUUCCCCAUAUGAUACUAAAGCUAAGGGAUACCAGACAAUCAAAAAGAGCAUUAGACAAGUGUUCCAUAAAGCAGUUGUGGCACCAGGUCUCAUGAUUGGCAACACAGAUACAAAGCAUUAUCUAAAACUUUCAAAAAAUAUCUACAGAUUUAGCCCCACCUAUAUGUACCCAGAGGACCUUCCAAGAUUUCACGGAGUUAAUGAAAGGAUAUCAGUAAAAAACUACGAACAAGCCAUAAAUUAUUACUACCAUUUAAUGAAGAAUAGUGAUGAUAUGGGAGUGCCAGAGCAGCACCAGCACAGCAGUGAACUUUAAGGUAGGCAGAAUAGAGUGGAUUAGGUGGUGUAAUUAUUGAUUUUCAUGUAAAUGUAGAUUGUAAGUCAUGAUUUUUGGUUGAUUAUACCAAUAAGAUCAUUUCAAAGGGCAA